CAAGUGGUACAGUCCACCCAUCGGAAGCAUGGUCAUGGAGUUCCUGAUGCAAACGGAGUCCGAAUCUAUUAGCGCAGUGUUCAAAGAAUACAGCCAGUUCCCCACCCCAGUUUCAGUUACAGUGUGUCCGGAAGUACCAGCUAACCCUGGGACGAGAUACAUCAACUUAUUUGCAGAGUGGAGCCAGAGUGAGACGGACCGUGGAAUAAGGUUGCGAUAUAACAAGCAGUACACCCUACUGUGCGAUGACAGGGCGGUGCUGAACACGCUUCCCCCUGGUCACUGCAGCCACGUUAAGGAAGAAUUGCUCUGCAGUCACUCUCCCUCUGGAACACUCAAGGCUGUUGUCAGGGAAACCAGUUCUCAGGGCAAGGCUCGCCAAUUUCUUGAGAUAUGGAACAGACAUGGUUAUGUGAAAAGCCUUGACCUCACCUCUUUAAACAAACAUGGGAGAGUGUAUGAAGACGCUCAGUUUGGCUGCCUGGUCUGGUCUGCAUGUGAAGGCAGGGUGCUAUAUGUCGCAGAGAGGAGGCCCUCUAAGGCAGAAUCAUCUACUACUCCAGAAUCCAGACCAGCCAGUGAGGAUGCAGUAGCAGGGCAUUCUGGAGAGGAGUUACCUGCUGGGAAGGAGGACCAGAGUGUGUACUUGGAAGACUGGGGAGAGGGCCUUAAUAAUAAGAGCGUCCCAGUGUUGUGUGUGGCCGAUGUAGGCAAGUGCACAGUCACAGUGCUGCAGGGCGUACCCACACAGGUGUCCCCUGGCCAGGCACUGUGGGCCCCAGGGGACGAGGGUGUGCUGUUUGUGGGGUGGUGGCAUGAGCCUUUUCGACUGGGCCUGAAGUUCUGCUCCAACCGGAGAUCGGCUCUCUUUCAUGUGGACCUUGAAGGGAACUGUGAGUGUCUUUCCUCUGACCAGGGCGCGGUCUCGUCUCCUCGUCUGAGCCCAGACAGCAGCUGCGUUGUCUACCUGCAGGGCCAGGUGUUCGGGCCCCACAACCAGUGUCGCAGCCUGCAGCUGUAUGACUGGGAAACUAAGAAGACCUCUUUGCUGGUAGAUGUAGUCAAGAGACCACAGGAUGGGGAGUUUGCGGGGCUGUAUGAAGCUUUGCCCUCGCGCUGCUGGUCUGCAGACAGUCAGAGGGUGGUCCUCAGCAGUGGCAGGAGGAACUGGAAGGAGCUCUUUGUGCUGGACCGAUGCACAAAAAGAGUCAGUCGUCUUGUUGACAAUGAGGAGUUUGGAAGCUGGAAGCUGCUGGCCAUUGAAAGAGACCUGAUGGUGGUCAACUGUUCCUCACUCAACAGGCCUCCGUGUCUGAAAGUGGGGUUCCUGCCCCCAGCAGGGGGUGAAGCUGGGGUGUCCUGGACCGCCCUUAAUGAGCCCCAUCAGAUCCCACUCCUGGAGUGGAGGGCCCUAAAUGUCACCCCUGGGCCCCAGGAGGAGAACACUGAGUUCUCUGGUCUGGAUUUCGGAGCUCUGCUGGUGAAACCCCGUGUUCCCCAGUCUGGGGUAAAGGUGCCCCUGGUGGUAUUUGCUCAUGGUGGCCCACACUCACAGUUCUCAGCAGAGUGGAAUGUCUCCUCUGCUGCUCUGGCCAGGGUGGGCUUUGCAGUGCUCAUGGUGAACUAUCGGGGGUCCACUGGAUUUGGACAGGACAGCAUCCUGUCUCUUAUUGGGAACAUUGGCAGCCAGGAUGUCAAGGAUGUGCAGAGAGCCGUUCUGACUGCCCUGCAAAGCGACACGACCCUUGACCCCAGAAAAGUGGCUGUGAUGGGUGGCUCUCAUGGAGGGUUCCUUGCCUGCCACCUGAUUGGCCAGUAUCCCGAUUUCUACAGAGCCUGUGCAGCCCGGAACCCUGUCGUUAAUGCUGCCACCUUGCUGGGCACCAGUGACAUCAUUGACUGGCGGUACUCUGCGGUGGGCCUGCAGUACUCGUUUGACCGGCUGCCCAGUCCGGAUGCUCUGACCGCCAUGUUCCAGGUGUCUCCCAUCGCUCAUGCCUCCCAGAUCAAGACACCAGUACUGCUUUUGUUGGGAGGUAAAGACAAAAGGGUGUCCCCCCACCAAGGGCUGGAGCUGUACCGUGCCCUGAAGAGCAGAAACUCCCCCGUUAGGUUGCUGUGGUUUGCAGAGGACGGUCACUCACUGGCUCGCGUGGACACCCAGGCCGACUGCUUCCUCAACAUCGUCCUCUGGUUCCAGAAGCACCUUGGCCUGCGCUGAGCUGCCACAGUGGAGGGGUUGCCAUUACCUUACAGAAGUAACCGUUCUCUUAAAAGGCAAUGUUGUACAGUAUGGUGGAGCCUCAGAGAUCUGAACUGGAGGUCGUUGGGAAAUCUUCUUGGCUUUGAAAGUGGCAUAAUAAUAUACUGAAUCCUUUUUUGAUUAAAAUCUAUACUUGCAAUACUGUGGCCUUAUUUUAAUAGGCCACUCCCACUUUGUAGCUCAUUCAUUCAUUUUCUUCAACAUUAGCUGUCUUGACAACACAAUUAAUUCUUUUUUUAUACACUUGACACCUUCAUAGUAUUUUUUAACAAAACUGCUAACAGAUGACCUUUAUCUAUUUUUGUUUGUAUUUCCUUUUUUUUAAUCAAUGGAGCUUAAUGAGCUAUACUUGUUUGUGCGAUAUCUGGCUUAUGCCUUCACUGAUGGAGUGGUUGGUCAGUCCAUAACCUUUAAGUAUUUGUUUUAGGUUUUCUUGUGUUACAUAAUAUCCAGUGUUCCCAGGCUUCCUAAUGCCUGUCGCAAUGCAUUUCCUAAAUGUUCACAGCAUCUUGCAGUAUCCAACAGGCAUAACUAGCGCCAACACAAGAGUCACUGUUAGCAGCAAUGUGAUACUGCGACUGUCAGAGGAGCUCUUAUGUAAAGUGCCAUUGAGAAAUAUGCGCAGUGUAAUAGUAACCAGAAGUGAAGCUGUUUAAUGCGGGUGGGAGUAUCCAGUUACAUUCAUAGCACUCCACUUAAUGAACAUUAGAGGGCAGUGUUGGAUCAUGUGUCACUUAAAUGCACUGCAGCUGUAAGACAGGACAACAUGGCUUUUAAAUCAGUUUAUAGUUAACAUGUUAUUUGGGUAAUAAAGCAAAACUUUGUAACAUA